AUGGCUGAACGAAUUGAACAAGGAAUGUCCGAAACCUAUCGCGACGAUAACCAUUUGACGUUAAAUGAUGAUCAUUUGCACGAUCGCUCUUUUAUCGAAACUGCCAUCAACUGUGAUUGCCUUGUGAAUCGUUUGGAAUCAAUAAAUUUCUUACGGGAUGCUGCUUUAAAACUCGGUGCCGAAAAUACUCGUAAACACUUAGUACCAUACCUUACUCAUCUUAUUAUUGCUGAAAAAUUGCCGGAAUUGAAAAAUUUAGCUGAAGUUUUUGGCGAGUUUGAAAAUUAUGUAGGAGGACCAAAAUAUGCUCACAUUUUGUUGCUACCUCUAGAAGAAUUAGCUGGUGUUAAAUUAAGUGAUGUUAGAAUGGCCGCCAUAAAAUCAUUGCAAACAUUGGCUGAUAUUAUGGAAGUAAUCGAUCUGGAGAACUACUUCAUACCUUUUAUUGCUAGUUUGACGAUGAAUGAUAAAAGUACUAAACGUUUGUCUGUUAGUCAUCUUUUCACUACUGUUUAUAUGCGUGUCAGUCCGAAACAUCAAAGUGAUUUAAUUGACUAUCAUUGUUUCUUAAGUUUGGACUCAAUACCUUCUGUUCGUCAAAAUGCAGCAAAUAAUUUGGUUGAUUUCAGCGAAGUUGUUCAUAUGUCAAUUUUUGACAGUAAAUUAACUCCCCGUUUGGAGCAAUUUUGUUUUGACCAAAAUGAGCAUGUUAGAAUAAUGGCUUUAUCAACAGCAAUAACAAUUUCAAAAAAAUUUGAUGUUUCCUAUACUAAACAGAUAAUUCUUCCCAUUGCAUUGAAUUUAAUAAAUGACCCUUCCUGUGGAGUACGUUCAAUACUCAUUAAGAAUAUUGCAAAGUUGCUUGAAAUUUGUGUAAGUUGCUUAAAACUUACUGAAAGUAUAAUGAAAAUGCUUAUUUCAUUAGCUAAAGACCAACAAAUAGAAGUUCGAUUACAGUCUGUUAGUGUUCUUUAUGAUUGUACCGUUAUCCUUUAUGAAAAUUUGACUUACCUAGAAGCUACUAAAUUGGUAAUCAAAUUUUUGAUUCCAACAUUAUACAAUUUAAGUCAUGAUUCUGAUGUUAAAUGUAAAUUGGAGGUAUCAGCUGUUUUGGCAAAAUUUGGAAAAAUAAUGCCUGAUGUAAUGUAA